AUGACUAUUACUUAUUCGCAAUUAGAAGAAACUAAACGGAUAUUUUCCGAUUUACUUGAAUCUAAUAUCCUUCCUGAUGAUAUUGCAGCUUUAGGUUCAGAAGUUAAGUUUUAUAAUGAAUCUAAUCAAUUAACUGUUCCAUGUCCAUUAAAACAAACUGAAUUAAUUUCCGCUUUAAAAGGUAUUGAAUCCGUCCUUGCUUUAAAAUUAAGUAAAAUCAGAUUUGAAAGUUCCAAUACUGCCAAAAUUGAUCUUCAACAUGCUUUACUUUUCCUUUUCCUGACUUAUUGUUCAUCGGUAAAUGGUUAUUUCAAAGGUGAUAAGAAAGAAGUGGCCAAAUAUCUUAAAAAGACUGAUUUAAAUGAAGCUCAAUCUGAUCCAUAUCGUAGAAUGUCAGCUAAUUUAUAUCGUACUAAGGAUAAUCGUUAUUAUCAUAUUCAUGGUUCAUUAGAUGCUACUACUACUUUAAAAAUGAUCGGUAUGCCAGCGUUUGUAUCUGGAUUAACUGAUUAUGAUGAAAUUGUUGAAAAAUAUCAAACUAGACUUGAUCAAUUUACUUGUGAUGAAUUAGAGACUUUAAAUGUUAAACAUAAACAAGCUGGGAUUGAAGCUCUUAAACGUGAAGAUUUCUUAAAUACUCCUCAUGGUAAAACUAUUAAUUCUAAACCAAUUUUUGAAAUUCAUGAUUUAGAAACUGAAACCCCUCCAGUUCCAUUCACAAACAUUGGUGAAGGUGAAAAACCUCAAAUUCUUGCUGGGAUAAAAGUUCUUGAAUUAUGUAGAAUCAUUGCUGGUCCAACCAUUGGUAAGAUUCUUGCUGAAUAUGGUGCUACUGUUAUUAAAGUUACUUCUGAUGAUACUUUACCUGAUGUACCAUUUUUCCAAAUUGAUGGUAAUAUGGGUAAACAUACUACCAAUCUUAAUCUUAAAGAAAGUGGAGAUAGAGCUAAAUUUGAAGCAUUACUUGCUGAUGCUGAUAUUGUUCUUGAUGGUUAUAGAACUGGAGUUAUUGAAAAAUUAGGUUAUGGACCAUCAAAAGUAACUGAAUUAGCUAAAAAGAGAGGAAAAGGAUAUAUUUAUGCUUCUGAAAAUUGUUUUGGAUUUAGUGGUGAAUGGCUGAAUCGUCCAGGAUGGCAACAAAUUGCUGAUUGUGUAAGUGGGGUAGCAUGGAUUCAAGGUCAAGCACUUGGAAAAAAUGAACCAAUGAUUCCUCCAUUUCCAAUGAGUGAUUAUGGUACGGGAUGUAUUGUUGCCAUUUCAGUUUUACUUGCCUUAUAUAAAAGAAAUACCAUUGGAGGAAGUUAUUGGUGUAAUUCAAGUUUAGUUCAAUAUGAUUUAUUAUUAAUGAAUCAAGGAAUAUAUCCUAGUGAAGUUUGGGAACCAAAUGUGAUUAAGAAUCCUGUAUUUGAUCCAUUUAGAAAAUUAAGUUAUUAUGAUUCUGUGGAUGCUAUAUCAGGAGGAGCUCUUGCUAUCUUCAAACAAUUGAAUCCCGAAGCAUUACAAAAUGAAGAUUAUUUUACAUCAUUAUACUCUGAAGGGUUUGGAGGGAUGAUUAAAGUAUUAAAACCAGUAGUUGAAUAUAGUGGAGAUUUAGAAGUGGGAUAUAAAUGUUCUAGUAGACCUAAUGGAUCUGAUGCACCAGAAUGGUGGUGA